CGACGACGAUGACGACGAAGACGACAAUGACGAAGAUGAGACUGAGUCCACUAGUAUAAUAAGAAUUGCGAUGUGGGGAGAAGGGCCAGAGGCAUUGCCCUGGGAAAAGAGACAAAAGCUGGAUUGCUUGUCUGUUUCUGUCCAUCAUCCAGGCCUGAAAGACACCGAGGCAGACGUAUAUAAGUUCGAUGUGGGAGCCUGGCCAGGGAAAUGUCGGGAUUGGCUCAAAGUCCAGUGCUAUCCAGUGGAUAAUGCCGGCCCAGUCUCCGGGGAGAUCAUCGAGUUCAUGAAGCAGUGCAUUCAUACGUGCAUCAAAGAUCACCGGAGGUGCAAAACCAAGCUCGCACGUGGCCACUUCCUUCCAACGCGCCUGCUAGACAUCGGGAAUGACAACUCUCAAAGUGUACGGCUGGUAGAGUGCGAGCACUUACCAUCGCAUGCCUGCCAAGACACAUGCAAGUUGCAAGAUCAUCAGCUCAAAUAUGCAGCAUUGAGUUACUGUUGGGGGGGAUUGGUCGAUUUGAAAACCACCAAGGCAACGAAAGAGGCUCACGAGAACGGCAUCAUCGUGAAGGACAUGCCACCGGUAUUCCAAGAUGCCGUUUACAUGGUCCGCAAACUGGGCAUCCAGUAUUUAUGGAUCGAUGCACUUUGCAUUCUCCAAGACCAAGAUGACAAAACUGAUUGGGAAACCGAGUCGGGGCGAAUGUGUGAUGUAUUCUCAAACUCGCAUAUCACCAUCAGUGCAGCUGCAAGCUCCUCAGCUUCGGAACAUUUCCUUCAAAAACGCAACAAAUGGCGAACCCGUGCCUGGGUCUGGCAGGAGGAGCUCAUGUCCACAAGACAAUUAAUUUUCGGCGAGAAGAUGAUGCAAUUCCGAUGCGACAAAGGUGCCAUGCUCGAGAAUGGUCGACAUGACAGCCGAGACUUCGGGACCGGGAGAAUAGAUUGGGUAGUUUACCAGGCCUUCUGGGAAUACGCCGUGAGAGACUAUUCAUCGAGGCAGUUGAGCGUUCCUCAAGACAGGCUAGGCGCAGUAGCGGGAGUGGCUAAGUUUGUCCAAAGAACAUUGAAAGAGGCAGGAAGACCAGUCGAGUAUGUUGCAGGGUUGUGGCUGGCUCAUACGCUAGGAAACCAGCUGCGUUGGGUAUGCAACAAGCCAACAUUGUCGUACGGUGAAUUGGAUGAAUCAUUCAACAAUGCGAAGAGAUACCUUGCUCCAUCCUGGAGCUGGGCCUCC